AUGUCGACUGCAUUUAAUAACAACCUCUCUAGCAAUGUUUACCAUAGACAGAUGACUAGAGAUAAGUCUAUGAAAUCUCGCUACUCAGAUGAUAGCAAAUCAGAUCGAGGAAGUGAAUUCAGCCUGUCAAUAGGAGCAGACCAAAGGAAAAUCUGCUGGUAGAUUAUCAUCUUCACAAUUGCAGCUUUGAUCAACUUCAUGAGCAGUUUCAGAGAUUACUUUAUUUAGGAUAUACUUAGAGAGGAGCCUGAUAGUCCUUUGACUAUGGCAAGCAAUCUAGCUAAAGGCAUUGGAUAUUUUAUCAUUGGGAAUAUGUAUGAUAAUGUCGCUGUGCCUAAGAAACUGACUUUUAUUUUGCUUCUCAUUCUGGGAAUAUUUACACUAACUGUAAUUUAAUCAGCUUUCACACUUUUUAGCAUGGAACUUUAGAUUUAGUACCUUAAAUCUACUGAUGUACCUAUUAACACUUUGGAUAAUGUAACUCCUGUAAAUGGCAGUACUGACUCUGACUCUGACGGAGAUCUAGAUUCCCCCGAGUAGUAUUCGUUUUCAGACUCUUAGAAUGUUAUAUUUCAAAUGUCUAGUGUCAGAGUUUUCGAAAGUGGAUCUUACAGAGGAUUCAUAGUGGGGGUAUGGAGUGCUUCUUAUGUUAUCACUCCAAUUAUACAUGCCAAUUUCUUUUAAAACACCUAAUCAAACUAUGCUAUCGAGUGUUAUGCAUUAGGAGGGUGUUACAUAAUCAUGGCUAUUAUAUGCAAAAUUUACUUUUAUCACAAUCCUUGCCACAUUGGAGUAAUAGUAGAGCCUAAUUAGCGUUUGACUGGUUUUUUCCUCGAUGAAACAUCUACCUCCAAAUUUCAAAGUAGCGAUAUUACAGCUCAGAUCAAAAGUUUUCAGUAAAAGCAUCGAGUAUCACUAAUAGAUGCAUAUUAGUAUUAAGUGUAUUUGACUUUGGUGUUUUUGAGCUGCUUGCAGAUAGUAUAUAUUUUAUUUGGAUUCUACUUAGAUAAUUGGAUUGAUUAAGAUGACACUGUCAAUAUAAUCGUGGCAAUCUUAGUUGGAGCGAUUCUUGGCUCUUCCAAUUUUUUAUAUACAUGCCUUAUUCCACUUAAAAUAGUAAGUUUUUAUAUGGCGUAAUUUUCCUUUAAGGCCAGAGAAAUUACUGAUAAAGAGCAGAAGAAAUAAUAUAUGUAGUAGAAUUAUAGCCUUUUAGACUUAAAAGCAAGUUAUGUUGGAACUAUCAUUGGUACCAUUCUAGGAACAACAAGUUUGAUUAGCACAAUAGCCUUUGUGAAUAUGACAUCAAUAGUAGACUUUGUAGUAUAGACAGAGGCUUCAUCGGUGAUUACUUUGAUAUUACUUCUAGUUAUAUCAAACUUAAUCCUCUACAAAUCUAUAAAGAAGGAGUUAAUGCAAUUCAAAUGCAUCCGCAAAAGAUUCCCUAAGACUAUUAAAUCUAGAAAUAUAGUUCCAACAGAAGAUUGA